UUAACGAAAAGUUCUGUCUCUCUCCUUUAGUUGAAAUUUAAAACCUUUUUUCCUCCGUCGUAUCCAGUGGAGAAGACGACGAUGUCGCAGCUCUUAUCUUCUACUCCUCCAUUGGCGGUAAACUCUAGAAUCUUCUUAACCCAUCGAUUCCCAGAAGCUCGUUUUCUCACCGCCGGUGUUUUCGUCGGAAAAGGGCGUGGCUUCUCCGUGAAGCCGACGGAGAGGGUGAAGUUAACGGUGAAGUCUCGGUAUAGCGACUCAUCUUCGCCGGCUUACUCUCAACAAAAUGGGGAAGGAUCCUCGCCACGGUUUUAUGUGGGUCAUUCGAUUUACAAAGGGAAGGCUGCUCUUACUAUAGAGCCUCGUGCGCCCGAGUUUGUGGCUUUAGAAUCCGGUGCGUUCAAGCUUUCGAAGGAAGGGUUCUUGCUGCUUCAGUUUGCUCCUGCAGCUGGUGUUCGUCAGUACGAUUGGAGCAGGAAACAGGUGUUCUCAUUAUCAGUUACAGAGAUUGGUAAUUUAGUUAGCCUUGGGCCGAAGGAAUCAUGUGAGUUCUUCCAUGAUCCUAACAAAGGAAAAGGUGAUGAAGGUAAAGUGAGGAAGGUACUGAAAGUUGAGCCUCUUCCAGAUGGUUCUGGCCGCUUCUUUAACCUGAGUGUUCAGAACAAGCUUUUGAAUGUAGAUGAGAGUGUAUACAUACCAAUCACCAAAGCAGAGUUUGCUGUUCUUAUCUCUGCUUUCAACUUCAUCUUGCCACACCUUAUAGGCUGGCAAGCGUUUGCAAGCUCCAUCAAACCAGAAGACUCUAACCGUCUUAACAAUGCGUCGUCACCUAAGUAUGGAGGAGACUACGAAUGGAGUAGAUGAUUGAGAAUUACAUGCAACCUUGGGAACUCGGUUCUUGUGUCCAUCCCAUCUUUUUGUUAUCGCAAUCAACGAGUAGCAGUUAGAGACUGAACUAGUGUUUAGACCAAAUGGGAUGUGUUGUUGUGGAGGAAAAAUUCAUGUUACGUGUUGAGACUUUUUUUUAUUCAAGAGCAAAAGGUUAGAAUUUUGGUAAUACAAGAAUCAACUUGCUCCUUC